CUUUUCAGGCGAAAAACUCAGCUGUCGGCUCAACACCACCUUGUUAAAUAAAUCUUGGUUCAUAAAGAAUAACGGAGAAGAAAAGUAAAUAGGACUGAAGGCGAAAUUUUUUAACUAAAUUGCAGCAAAAUAUACGAGAACUGAGUAAGAUUAAAUGCAACGCCAAGAACACAAUUUAUGUGCUGGUGUAAUGCACGGAAUAGACCAGGAUUCGACGGCAGCUGCGGCAACUGCUGGUGGUCAACACAUGAUUUUCACUCCACCAUACCAGCAAUCAAUACAAACUUUGCCGCAUUCAAUGCCUACACCAUCCCCAACACCAUGGAAUCUUCAUACAAUGCCGUGGAAGUUAGCAAGCACAAAUUUGGGACAAGACGGCGUUAUGCAGUUCCGAGCACACGUCAAUAAUGAGGCUCAAAGUCGAGCUGCUCUUCAUCAGAAACGCAAAUCUGGAAUGGAAACCCCUUUACCGGUCAAGCAAUUUAUUUCGGAAGAAAAAAUUACGGCCCAUUUUAAUGGCUUGCACAUAUCUAGUGAUUAUAUACAUAAUAACGCUCAAGGGAAUACAAAUUCCAUGUCUAGCGAUGAAACACCUACUACCAGUACUGGUAAAUGUUUUACUAAUCUCACCUACGAAGACUAUCAGGUAACUGCGAAAGAAUUAGAAGAAAAACUUCGAAAUGCUAGUCGUUUCACUGUGUGCGACCAGUUGAAAAGACUUCAUGAGCAAGAAAUUAAAUCCACAUUCUUACCGGAAGCUCUUUUAAAUCGAAUCGAAAAACCGUGUACCGCAUUGGUGCUAUGGCAGCCGCCUCCACUGCUAGAGCUGCUCCAUCGUAAGAAAGAGAAUGAAUUGACGCCAACCAGCAGCGAUAGUACAAGUGCAGAUAGUUUUGGUACUACAGAUAUAGCGGAUGCUGAUACUAUAGGCGAUGAUGAUGAGUUCUCUGAUCCUGAUCCCGAGGUGGAAGAUAUCGACGACUUUGCUGACAAUAACAAUACAUGUCGUUUGGAUUUUAAUAAUAUGAAAGCCGAUCAUAUGGACCAGGAUUUGUAGUACAAAGGAAAUUAAUUUGUUUUUGUAUGGUCGCACACAAUCUUCCAAAUAGUAACGCAGUUAAAGCGGCUUCAAAUCUGCCUAAUUCUUGUUUAGUUUUCGAAAUGCGUUAUGUAAGACUAAAAAUCGUCAUCUUCGAACUGAAAUGUAGUUAAGUAUGCAUGUAAUUUGAAAUUAUUUUUCGUAAUUGCGCAAUAUAUUAAUUGCGCGUAUUGUAUGAAUGGGCACUAUGUAUAUGCCAGAGGGCUUUCUUUGUACCUAUUCAAAAUUUUUAUACAUUUUUUUAAGCUUACAACUUAUAAGAUAUUAACGUUUUUUCAAUUAACGAAUAGCGUUCGAUGAUGCCAGUAACAAUUUUGCAAUUGCUCAGAGAAUUUUAAUAUUUCUAAUAAUGUGGAAAGCAUAUUACUUAGGGUAUCUUAAACUGAAUAGCGUAUCUUAAAUUUAAUAAUAAAUAAAUAUAAAUGUAUGUAUGUAUGUUCAGAGAUUUAA